AUGGCCGGAGCGUCCCCGCACAGCCCCGUGAGCACGCAGGCCUGCUGGUCCCUGCGGAGAGCCGGGCCGUUCCGCCCCAGCAGCUCCCACACUGGUUUUCCAGCCCCCCUUACCCCACCGUGCCGUUCCAAGUUUGGUAGUUACCUUUACAUUAUUAUUAUUAAGGGAAAAUGUCCUGAAGAUGGAUGGGAUGAAAGCACUAUUGAACUGUUUCUUCAUGAACUUGCUAUUAUGGAUAGCAAUAACUUUCUGGGCAACUGCGGUGUGGGUGAGAGGGAAGGAAGAGUGGCGUCAGGACUCGUUGCCCGAAGGCAUUACAGGUUGAUCCAUGGAAUUGGAAGGUCAGGUGAUAUUUCUGCGGUCCAGCCUAAAGCUGCAGGGUCCAGCCUUUUGAACAAACUUACUAAUUCAGUAGUUCUGGAUAUUUUAAAGCUGGCUGGUGUCCGGACAGUGACCAAUUGCUUUGUGGUUCCUAUGGCAACUGGCAUGAGUCUAACUCUGUGUUUUUUAACACUGCGGCACAAGAGACCAAAGGCAAAAUACAUUAUCUGGCCACGUAUAGACCAGAAAUCUUGCUUUAAAUCAAUGAUAACUGCAGGUUUUGAGCCUGUGGUGAUAGAAAAUGUAUUAGAAGGCGAUGAGCUACGGACAGACAUCAAAGCAGUGGAGGCUAAAAUCAAGGCUCUUGGUGCUGAAAAUAUUCUUUGUGUGCAUUCUACAACAUCUUGCUUUGCUCCAAGGGUACCUGAUAGACUGGAAGAACUGGCUGUGAUUUGUGCUAAUUAUGACAUUCCCCAUAUUGUCAACAAUGCAUAUGGAGUUCAAUCUUCAAAAUGUAUGCAUCUUAUCCAGCAGGGUGCUCGAGUAGGCAGAAUAGAUGCUUUUGUUCAGAGCUUGGACAAAAAUUUUAUGGUUCCAGUAGGUGGUGCUAUCAUUGCUGGCUUCAAUGAGUCCUUCAUUCAGGAGAUCAGCAAAAUGUAUCCAGGAAGAGCAUCUGCAUCUCCUUCUUUAGAUGUCCUCAUUACACUUCUGUCUCUAGGUGCCAGUGGCUACAAACAGUUACUGAAAGAGAGAAAGGUAAGCUUUUUG